GAGGAGCUUUGGAUGACGGCCACUGGGAUGGAAAUCGGAAUGCUGCUGCUGGAGAGUGGCAGACCAUCACCUGGUUCGAGACAGGCGGACAUUUGGAAUGUCACACUCUUCUCCGCCCAAUGUCGCCACCUCUGCCUGCACAUCCGGAGUGAAAAUCGCUACCUCUGAACAGGACGAAGGGACGCCCGAGUUUCCGAUCUCCUUCCACUGCCUGGGCGUCCAUGAAGGGAAGGCCUAUCGAACUUUGCUGCGCAGCGACUGGACCUGUGAAGUCCUGCUCCGCCGCCUCCAAGUCUCCAGCGUUCUCCGCGCGCCGCGGAGCCAGAUCCGCGCCCAAGCGCCGCAGCUCUGGCCCAAGAUCACCGAGCGGCGCAUCUUCGCCGCGGACGACGCGCCCGUGGCCUGCUGCAUGACGAGCUCGCACUGGCUGGCGCCGGAUCACUACAACGAAGCCGAUCGCGAUGACUGGGAUGGCAAGUGUUCCUGGCUGCCAGAUGCACAUUUGUGGAGCAAGGUUCCCAAGGCCCAGCGGCCGCAGGAGUUGCGCGCCUGCCAUGGAGCGUUGAGGACCUUCGAGGAGUUCAUGCGGGAUUUCAAGUACGACGAUCACUACAGCUGCCGCUCCGAGAUCGAACGAGCCAUCGAAGAACUCAUCGAGAGGAGAGCUUCCCUACCCGAGGAGAUCACGCACGAGUGCCACCCACAUCGAUUGAAGAGCUUCAGCGUUGAUCGAUGGAUGGGCUACAUGUGUGCUCUUUGCGGCAACCAUGGCUUCUUCGACCAUUUGGAGGACUGGGGCUAUGGUCACAAUGAGUUCAAGGUUCACCCCUACUGCGUCUUGGCGGAGGAGAAGGAGACACGUCAGCAGCUCGUCGAUCGGUGGACGGCACAAGGCAGAGAGGCCUACGAAAGCGAAUGUCCGGUGGUGCUGGAUUUCUCCGGAUGAAACGAUCGAAGGAUGAUGCUGUCGUGAUGUGCCUCAGUGAGAUGCCUGAUAUUGUUGAUUGCUGUCUUGGUUUGGCGAAUCAGGUGAUUUAUGGGGAUUUUACUAUUUGAACAGGUUCAAAUUCCCUGGCAUGGGGAACAUUGAGCAUUUUUGUCCAGGUUCCUCAAGAAAAUCCAAGCUGCGAGCGAAAAAAACGCGCUUCCAGCUGGGUUCAUUCCCAGCUGUGGCUGAGAAAGGCUGGAGAGAAGAUCUCUGCCUGUGUGCUGUUUGCAGAUAGAUCAGCUUCAGCACAGAACCGCCGGUGCUGGACGUUGAAUUCUUGUGGCCAAGACCCUUCGCGCGGAGCUGGGUUUGGCGCCAUGGAGCGCGGAGCUGUGGAGCGCCCCGCGCUCCCACCAGUCUGCACCGAACCGAAGGGUAAGACAAGGCUUAGCGCAGAGCCCAAAGUCGGCGGAUGACAGCAAAUGGUUUGAGCCUGCUGGUAAAGAUGGACUUCAGAUGGCUCACUCGUUGGUAUUGCCGAGUGGAUCGCAUUGGGAUGCCCCAUGCCCAUGCGCUUGUUAUUUUUUGUUUAGAAUGGGACUUCCAACGUGGAAC